CAAUGAGCAUAUGAUUUCCGUCUUUUCCACAUUCCCAACCUUUUUCUUCUUCGUCACCACUCAAAUUCCUUGACCGUACGCACUCCCUCUGGUCAAAAUCCUUCCUUUCCCUCUUCUCUCAUCAUACAUACGGCAUUCAUUCAUCAUGGCACCAAGAGUGAUCGUUGUUGGUGGCGGCUUGUCGGGUUUGAGCGCAGCGCAUACCAUCUACCUGGCUGGUGGAAAUGUCGUCGUUCUCGAUAAGCAAGGCUUCUUCGGUGGCAACUCCACAAAGGCGACCUCCGGCAUCAACGGUGCCCUGACGAGGACACAGGUUGACCUCGGCAUCCAGGACAGCGUCAAACAAUUUUACGAAGACACCUACAAGUCUGCCAGAGACAAGGUCAGGCCAGAACUCGUCAAGGUCCUGACCUACAAGUCUGCCGCCGCUGUAGAGUGGCUGCAGGAUGUCUUCAACCUGGAUCUCACCCUUGUUUCACGGCUAGGAGGUCACUCCCAGCCACGAACCCACAGAGGUCACGAUGCCAAGUUCCCCGGCAUGGCCAUCACAUAUGCUCUCAUGCAGAGGCUUGAGGAGCUUGCCGAGACUGAGCCCGACCGGGUCGAGAUCAUCAAGAAGGCCCGCGUCACAAACCUGAACAAAGACGGCAACACCAUUACUGGUGUGACAUAUGAGUUCAAUGGGGAGGAGCUUAGCCUGGACGGUCCUGUUGUGCUGGCCACGGGUGGCUAUGCCGCGGACUUCAGCGAGACGUCUCUGCUGAAGAAGCAUAGGCCCGACACCUUUGGCCUGGCGACCACCAACGGUGCUCACGCCACUGGUGACGGUCAGAAGAUGGUCAUGGCCAUCGGCGGAAACGGAAUCGAUAUGGAAUCCGUCCAGGUCCACCCCACUGGUCUGGUAGACCCCAAGGAUCCCGGCUCCAAGUGGAAGUUCUUGGCCGCCGAGGCCCUGCGUGGUGAGGGCGGUCUCCUGUUGAACAGCGAUGGUGACCGGUUCUGUGAUGAGCUGGGCCACAGAGACUACGUCUCCGGCAUGAUGUGGAAGGAGAAGGAGAAGGGCAAGUGGCCCAUCCGGCUCUGCCUCAACUCCAAGGCUUCCAACACUCUCGACUUCCACACCCGCCACUACUCCGGUCGCGGUCUCAUGAAAAAGAUGACCGGCAAGGACCUGGCCCAGCAGAUUGGCUGCUCCCCAGAUCACCUGCAGAAAACCUUCCAAACCUACAAUGCCAUUGCGGAGGGCAAGCAGAAGGACCCAUGGGGCAAGAAGUUCUUCCACAACAUGCCUGUUGACGUGAACGAUGACUUCCAUGUCUCUGUUAUGGAGCCCGUGCUCCACUUCACCAUGGGUGGUAUCGAGAUCAAUGACAAGGCCCAGGUUCUCAACAGCGAGAAGAAGCCGUUCGACGGUCUCUUCGCCUGUGGUGAGCUUGCUGGUGGUGUGCACGGUGCCAACCGUCUUGGUGGCUCGUCCCUGCUUGGCUGUGUCGUCUACGGUCGCGUCGCUGGUGACACCUCCAGCAACUACCUGUUCCAGCAGGCGCUCAAGGGCGCUGGCACUCCCGCCUCCCGUCUGGGCCAGAUCUCCCUACAUCUCGACCCCGCCGCCGGUCGCGUGACUCUCGACUGGGGUCAGAGCGGCUCUGGCUCAGGUGCCUCUGCCAGUGCUGGUGUGACGCCGCAGGCCAGCACAUCUGCUGCCGGCCCCUCACCCAAGGAUGGUGGCAAGGAUGCCUCCAAACCUAACAACCCCAAGGAAUUCAAGGUGCCUGAGACGGAGUACACCCUGGAGGAGGUUGCCAAGCACAACAAGAAGGAUGACCUGUGGGUCGUUGUCAAGGGCUGCGUGAUGGACUUGACCAACUGGCUGGACGAGCACCCUGGCGGUCCCCAGGCCAUCAUGAACUUCAUGGGCCGGGAUGCCACGGAGGAGUUCGAGAUGUUGCAUGAUGAUGAGGUCAUCCCCAAGUAUGCGCCACAGCAGGUCAUUGGCAGGGUAAAAGGACAGACCCCUAGCUUGGAGCUGUAGAGGGGCUGUUGCGCCAGGAAAGCGAGAAAUGGUUAACAGACAUAUUCUCUGGGACGAGAACAUUUGUAAACAAUGUAGACCACCAGCAUUGCCUGUUGAGCAACUAAAGAUGACAUCUAGUCUGAUAGGCACGGCCACUUCGUUUGGACAUCGAUUCAGCAUGGGCUGUGGCAACGAGAAAUGAAGGGGAAAGAAGAUGGUGUCUUUUUUAUGUUUGAUGGAUAUGAUUGAGAUGGUAUUUUUCUUUUCAGGUCGUAUAAUCAUCUUGUAUUCAUAUCCUCUGUGCCCUC